AAGAUCUCCACAUGCUUCAUGGAGUUCGUAAUAAUUUUAAUAUGUAUAUUUAUUUCAAAAUGUAGAUUAUUAAAAUGUCAUGGGCAAGUACAGAAUUUGUGCUUGUAAUAGAUUAUUAAUACUUUAAUAAUCUAUGUACAUAGCCUUAGAGGAUCCUUAGUAGGAUUCUACCUACCGUAGAAUUGCCAAAACAAUACCUGUUUUCCAUGGUUUAGAUUUUGUGGAGAGAUUUGCUCCUUGGAGUCUAGUAGGUUGAGAAUAAUUUGAUAUAAAGCUUUCAAGAUAUUGAGGGAAAAUUGUUGAGUGGACAGAGGGAAAAUGAUUUCUGCUGAUUAUAGAUUUGAGGCCUAAGGGAAGCACUUUUCAAUGUGGCAGAUGUUAGAAAUUUGACAUUGCUUUCUGCAAAUGGCAAUGCAAGUCAAAUGUUAACUCGCAGAUGAGUGGAUAAUGGAGUAGGCUUGGUGGUCGGAAUAGCUACUCCUAUCGCACGUGUAUUUAUGAGAAUUUUUCUCUUAGAAAUAAGUUUUUGUCAUGUUAUUUAAUACAUAUUUUAAAAAAUGUUGUCUCAGGCCAUUGUCAUCUAAUGCUCUCAGAGCUUUCGCACACUUGAGCCACUAAUUCCUGAUUAAUACCAGAAUGCAUAAUGUUUCCUUUUAUGGACAUAUCUUUUGUAUAAAGGUGGCAUAACUCUUAGUAACUGUCAGCCAUUCAAACUUAGGAACCUGGAAGGAAAGGACUUCCUUCUGAAAUGAGGAAGGGACAAUUUAUGUUUCUCAUAUGCAGUCAGGAGGCUAAUUUAGUUUGUUGACCUUCUGCUGAAACGUAUGUACGUCAUCAUAUGACAGAAUUAGCGUGUUAUCUGGUCCUGAUAAAAACCAGCAGCUGUUUAGUUGAAUAAGCAUUGUGCUGUAAACAAAUCUGAUGCUGGCACAAAUAAAGGGGCCACAUCUAAUAUAAAUUUAGAUCUGUUACUAAUUGACUGCAGGAAUAAUUACGACCAGAAUAGUUGGUGGCCUAGGACCAAUUUCCAAGCUGCUUUCUGGCAUGGUUGGAAUUCGUGAAAUUGGAGAAACAGGAGAUCUUUGAGGUGACGAGAAGUUUCAGCAGCAAGUGUGGCCAAAGGUGAAGCAGUGGUAACGACAGGCAGAAGGUGCUCACACUGAUUGGACAUGACACACUAAAUGUAGGGGGAAAUAUAGAUGAUGGGAAUGGGGGUCUGCUAAAUUAGCAUCCUACAGGGGCUGUGGAGUAAGAAAAAUGAGAACUAUAGUUGUCCCUCAUCAUUGCUGAUGAAAUAAUUUAACUAAGUUCCUGUACCUCAUCUGUAUAGAAUAAUACCAAUAUAUUGACAUGCUCUACCAUUUUGUUCCAUUGUUGCUAAUCCGCAAUGGCAGGGAGUCAGAGGCAGACAUCAACUUUCAUUUGCAGCCCCAGAUCCUCUCACUCAGAUGUCUCUGCUCCUUCAGUACAUAGUUUUCUGUGAAUCACAGUUGCUACCCGUUUCACCCGAAUGAGGAGAUGCAGGAUAACAGGCUGUGAUUGAGCAGUGUCUAACCCCUUGGAUGCCCUGCAUUGUGAAUGAAAUGCCUGAUGGAGAGUAUUUAACACUGGCACAUGAAUAGGGCCGAUCAUGAAAACAGUUCAGGCGGUAGUUGAUGUGGGACUCUGUACACCACAUCAACUUACCAUAAAUUCACCAAUGAACCGUGGAUAGUUUUCCACUGUAGGCUGUUCAGAACAAGUCUGCCUCAUUGACUGAUCCAAAGCCAAGGAAGCAAUUGUGAAGAACUGCUUAUUCUUAACAGUUACAGUGCCUGCUUUAGAAUGUUCUGGUAUAUUUCAGAGGAGUGCUGAUAUCAAGCUGCAUGAAAUGGUGACAAUGCAAUAACCAAAAACUUGGUCAAUGAAAUAAGAUUGAAGGAGAGCCACAAAUAGUGAAGGGAAAAAUGAUAGAGAUGAAAGGACACUAAUUCCUGAGCUUGGAGUAUAACAGUUGACAGUGUACCUGAGAAUUGAAGGGAUGAGCAGCAAGUCAGAAAUGCAACUCUGUUGAAGGAUUGCAAGACUGCAAGUGACUACAGAGAUAUUUAAAAAUUAUUAAAACCACUGAGAAGCCAGCAGAUCUUCACUGCCAUGUUUGCUAGUUGUCAAAGGGGAAUUCAGAGCUAAAUGAAGCUUAGUCACCAACCAGUGUGGGCGGUUGGACUCUGGGGUACAGAUGGCCAGUGAGGUGAGCCUCCUGGCUCGGACAAGGUAGGUAUGAGUGAAUACUGAAUGAAAGGACAAGAGCAACACGAUCUGGGUUAGUAUACAGUAUUUUGAAUUAUAAAAUCUGGUGGAAUAGAUAAUGUAAUAUUCUAAUUCUGUGAUUUUUACAAAUGCAGUAACUUUUAAAAUUGUGAAUUGUAAUGUAAACAACUCAUAAUUAAAUUUAAUAUAAUUUGCUGUAAAUUUCAAGUGAUUUAUGUUAGUGUAACAUUUUAUGCAAAUACUUUGUUUUAAUGGCAAUUUCUAUAAUGCCGUUCAUAUUGGUUUCAUCGAGGUAUAUACAUAUCUGUAUAUUCAGAUAUUGCAAGAUGUUCAUUGUUUUUUUUAUUUUUGUUUCUACUUAUUCUCUCUCAGACCUGGAGCAGAACAAAGACUUCAACAAUGAAGAUUAUGAAUAUGAAGAUGAAGCUAAACUUGUUAUAUUUCCUGACCACUUUGAUAUUCCUUUGCCAAACAUAGAAGAGUUACCAGCACUGGUGACAAUAGCAUGUGAUGCAGUGCUGACAGCAAAAUUUCCAUAUGGUAAACAAGAUUCUGAAUCAUGGGAAGAAGAGCUUAAGCAUUCAAAGCACGAGCAUACUCUCCAACAACUGGAUAAUGGAGUCCGAAUCCCUCCCAGUGGCUGGAAAUGUGCCUGGUGUGACCUGAGGGAGAAUCUUUGGCUGAACCUGACAGAUGGUUCCAUAUUGUGUGGGAAAUGGUUCUUCGAUGGCAGUGGCGGAAACGGACAUGCUCUGGAACAUUACCGAAAGACAAAAUACCCUUUGGCAGUUAAAUUAGGAACUAUUACCCCAGAUGGUGCAGAUGUAUAUUCCUUUGAUGAAGAGGAAGCAGUACUCGAUGAAAAUAUUGCAGAGCACUUGAUGCACUUUGGUAUCAACAUGCUAACAAUGCAAAAGUCUGAAAAUGGUAAUCCAGUCAAUGAUAUAAAGCCACGAAUCAGAGAGUGGGAAGUGGUCCAGGAAUCUGGUACGAAGUUGAAGCCGAUAUAUGGGUCUGGGUACACGGGCAUCAAGAAUCUAGGAAACAGCUGCUACCUCAGCUCCGUCAUGCAGAUAAUCUUUAGCAUCCCUGACUUUCAGAGAAGGUACGUAGGAAACCUCCAAAGAAUAUUUGAUUAUUCUCCUCUGGAUCCAACACAAGAUUUUGAAACACAGAUGGCCAAGCUGGGACAUGCACUACUCUCAGGCCAGUACUCCAGACCUCCAGUGAAGUCUGAGGUUAUCGAACAGGUGAUGAAGGAAGAAAACAAGCCUCAGCAACAAGGGAUGGCGCCUAGAAUGUUUAAAGCCUUAGUUGGAAAAGGACAUCCAGAAUUUUCAUCAAAUCGACAACAGGAUGCAUUAGAAUUCUUUCUGCAUUUAAUCAACCUUGUAGAUAGAAACAAUAAUGGUUCAGAUGAUCCCAGUGAAGUCUUUCGCUUUAUGGUAGAAGAUCGUGUCCAGUGCUGCCAGUCCGGGAAAGUCAAAUACACACAGAGAGUUGACUACAUCAUGCAACUUCCUGCUGUGGUGGAGGCUGCUGUUAACAAAGAGGAACUGUUAGCUUAUGAACUAAGGAGACGAGAAGCUGAGAUAGCAAAGCGACCUUUCAGGGAGGUCGUUCGUGCCAAAAUUCCAUUCAGUGCUUGUCUUCAAGCGUUUCAAGAGCCAGAAAAUGUCAAUGACUUCUGGAGCAGUGCACUUCAGGCAAAAUCAGCUGCAAUAAAGACAAUACACUUUGCUUCAUUUCCUGAGUAUUUGGUGAUUCAGAUAAAGAAAUUUACCUUUGGUAUAGACUGGGUACCAAAAAAAUUAGAUGUCUCGAUAGACAUGCCAGAUCUCCUAGAUGUCUCCCACCUUAGAGCAACAGGUUUGCAACCUGGAGAGGAAGAACUGCCUGAUAUUUCUCCACCCAUUGUCAUCACUGAUCAAAGUAAAGGUCAUCUGCUGAAUCAUUUCAUAGAGACUCCUGAAAUAGAUGAAUCAGCAGUAAUGCAGCUGGCUGAGAUGGGAUUUCCCCUGGAGGCAUGUCGGAAAGCGGUUUACUACACUGGAAAUUUGGGAGCUGAGUUGGCCUUUAACUGGAUCAUAGCACACAUGGAAGAACCUGAUUUUGCUGAGCCACUGGCACUAUCAGGAUGUAAUGAACUUGGCGCUACUGAGUUGGGUCAGUAUGAGGUUGGUCUCGCUGGAGGAGCCUCCUCAACGAAGAACCAGCCACCAGAAGAGAUUGUUGCCAUUAUCACAUCAAUGGGAUUUCACAGGAGCCAAGCCAUCCAAGCAUUGAAAGCAACUAAUAACAACUUGGAGAGAGCAUUGGACUGGAUCUUCACGCACGCAGACAGCGAGGAUGAAAGCGAGGCGACGUCGGAGAUUGACUCACAAUCACACAACGAUACGGAAACAGAGCCAGCAGGCCCCAGAAUCAAGGACGGACCUGGAAGAUAUGAGUUAUUUGCUUUCAUUAGCCACAUGGGAGAAUCCACAAUGUCUGGUCACUAUGUUUGCCAUAUCAAAAAGGAAGGAAGAUGGGUAAUCUACAAUGACCAUAAAGUCUACACUUCAGAGAAACCUCCUAAAGAUCUGGGAUAUAUUUACUUUUAUCAACGGAUUGCCUAUUAAGCUUGAGAGCUUUAUAUGAAAGCCAUAACCUAUCUUCUUUCCAAAGUGCAAAUAAAAUCUACAAACUGUCAAAGCUAUGGGUCAGAAAAUCCUUAAAUCCAGACCAACCCACAGCUUUUAGCUUGCCAUAUAUUUUACUGGAUUCCAAUGAUGGCAUGGCACAAAGAACACAACUAAGGUACUAAGAAAGUAUCCUUGAAAAUUUUGUAAGUUCCUGUUCUUGUAAUCUUUUUUACCACUUCACAAAAGUUUACAAAUGUAGCUGAUUUCUAUUUUACACAUCAAAUUUUAUCAUCUUUAUGAAGUAUCCAUUCCACCUGCUUUAAUCCACUUGGUCUUCCCAAUUUACACAUUCCCUCUUCUUCUCAUCUCCUGUAUACUUUCCUUCUAGCCUUGCCUUAUUACUAUCAUUUGUUUUUCCCAUUCACUCAAACUCAUAACUUCCAUCAAUUUGUCAUAAAGACUGCUUCUAGGUUGCAAAUCAUUGAUAUGGAUAGUCAUGGCCUGGAAGUGAAAAUUUUUGUAUUACCCUUUGGAAUUCUGAACUUUCAAAUUGAAUUACGUGUAACUUUUCUGUACAAAGACUGUACAUUUUUACUUGCUAAAUCCUUUUUCUAAUUGAUUGUGCCUGUCACUUUACAACUUUGAGAAGUGCAGAACUAUGCAGUUUGGUGUGGCUACUGAAACCAUGUUCUCUGAUUGUAGAUUGAUCUUCUACAGUUAAUGUAAACAAUCAAUCUAGUUUAUGUUAAUGUGAUACUGGUGUAUUACACUAGAGUAUGAUUGUAACACUACUGAGUUUUUUAGAGGUAACUUAUUUGUCAGAGUGAGGCAGAGAAUCUUUGUAUGGUUGUUUCUAGUCAAAUAGUUUUUUUUCUGCAGAAACAACUAUCAUCAGUAUUACUGUUACUGGAAAAUGUUGGAAAAAACCUUCAUUGCUGCCAUUACAACAUUGAAGUAAUAAAAUAUUGUUGAAACUU